AACGAAUCCACGGCAAUACAAGCUCACCAACAUGGACAGAGUCGCACACAGCCACGCUAUGCUAUGCUCUGCUCUCCAUGCGGAAAACCUCUCCGAAGCACCGCACUGGCUGCUCUCUCUCUCGUCUCUUGUCUCCUAUUAUGUCUGGCUCUUCUGCAAGCUGUUGGCCUGCGCACCCCCCGCCCUCCGCCAGUGUGGCUGCAGUCUCUGCCGUGUCCGCCGCUGCAGCAGACUCUGCACGCUCAACACGUACUGAAACGCCCGAACUAUCUCGUCGCGCGGCCACUUGCUGCACACACCACGUACAAGCACACACACACACACACAUACAAAAUACAGCGAGAUGGCAUGCACAUUGUGGCUAGAAUACUCACCCCUUGGUGCAUCUCUGCAGCACCGCCCACUCCCGCAUAGCAAGGAAGCCCUCCUGCAGCCGACGCCGCUCCUCACUCGCAUUCGCCUCGGUCUGAACCGGGCCCUGCUGGAGCAUGGGCGGGCUGCUGUCGUCACCUGGGGGUGGGGGGCUCACACGCAAGUCAGGAACUGACGAGGACGAUGGCAUGGGCACGUCUGCCUGCGACGACUGGGAUGACGGUGCAGCCGCCGGGGCAGGGUUCUUGGGAGGGGAAGUGGGAGGGGGAGGGGCGCACGGGCCAUUCGACUGUGCCUGCUGCUGUUGCGGCGGUGGCGGAACGUCCUCUUGCCGGCGCGGCUUCUUCGCAGCAGGUGCACCCUCAUCUGAGCACAUGAGACGAGCAGAGUAGUCACCAUGCAUCCGGUACGUUCCGUCUGUUCUCUCUUCUCGUCUUGCUCGGCUCGUACCGAUAGUGGCGUUCGUCUCCCCCUGCCCUUGUUCUCUCGCCCUCUUGACCCCUCCCUGUCCGCUCUCAGCCGCCGCAGUAGUCUCGUCAAUGCUUGCAAUAAGGGGCCCCUGGUCCCUCGCAGCCGCUCCCGCACUGAUGGGAUCGCUCAGUGGCGACGGAGAGAGCGGUGUGGGUGUGGGAUUGGUGGGCGUUGGCGCGUUGGGUGGGGACAGUGGGUAUGGCGGGGGUGAGGGCGUGAUGGUGUGCGGGUGGGUGGGGGAGAUGGGAGGGUUGGGUUUGGGCGGCAGGAGGGAGGGCGGCAGCUGGACGAGGGACAGCUGGAUGGCUGCGACGAAGACCGAUAUGGCGGCGAAGAGGGAGGCGUCGUGCAGCAGACACGUCUGCAGACGAAAACUGAAACCAAAGCCACCCAACACCAAAAGGGGGGAAUCCCCCCACCAUCCCACUUUGUCUUCUGCUCCCUUUCGUGUGAGUGUCGUACCUGUCGGCGGCUAUCCGCCCCGCCCUCUCAGUCAGCUCCUGCAGCGAGGGCAGGGGGGCCUCUGGCCCCUCAUCACAGCCGGGCAUGUCGUCCUUCUCAAGUUCCUCGUCCGUGAAGGCGACUAGUGGGCUUGCGCCAGCCUCACUGGUGGUGGUGCCCUUGGUGUCCUUGAUUCCCUUGAUGUUGCGUUGGUGGCAGAAGCUAUACAGCUCUUCGGCUAGAGAGGCCAGCUCCUGAGACAGAGAAAGGACGCGCGCAUGGUGGAGGGGUGUGUCUGAGUUUGGGUGGUUGGUUACCUGGUAGGGGAGGUGCACUUUGGGGUGGAACUCCAUGACGUUGAUGAGAAUGCGCUCAAACUUCAUCAGCUCCUGAGACAACGCCUUGUGCUCCUGACCCCACCCACACACACACAGACACGCACACCCACACGCACACGCACACAGGGAGGCCUUACACACACGUAUGUGGACCCCCAAUGCACCCACUGCCAUGCACUGCACCCACCCACCCACCAACCUGGUUCUUCGUCUCAUGCUUCCACUUAUGCAUGCUCGGUCCCAUGACGCCCCGCACACUCAUCACGAAGCGCCGAUUCACCACCCCACCGUCACUCUCACCCUCGCCCCCGUGCGCAGCGUCCCCCUCUCCCUCACCCACGGCAGCCGGUGUGGCAUCCUCCAUCACUGGAUCCUCUUCGCCGUUGACGAGACAACCACCACCAUCGGCGGCAGCCGGAGCCGAUCCCUUAUCCAUGGCCGUGUCGUCUUGCCGGUCUUGUUGGCAUCUCAAGUCGACGGCGUAGUUGGCGGGUCCGGCGUUGUCGACCCGUUUGAGAGUGAGGAUCUCCUCCUUGAUCUUGCGCCGCACCUGGUCGGGGUCAGGCUCCACCACCGCCUUGUAUGACGCCAGCAGACACGCACCCAUCAGGCUCUGCACACACAGACAUAUGCAUGUCAUGUCAACGGGAUGGGGCGAUUGUAUCCCUGUGCUGUGUGCCAGUAUGGGGCACCUUACCUUUUUGUCGUCGAAUCUGUAGGCCUGCGACGACUGGCUCUCGCGGUCCUGGUUGACGCGGUGGUACAGACAUUGCGCAUUCGUUAUCACCUCGGUGCUCCUGAACACAGCACACAACAAACACACACAGAGAUGCAGACGUACAUCAGAAUGGGACGCUGGCAGGCCUCCCGAUAUUCUCUUCUCACAUGUCGAGGUUGAUGCCGAGAAUGAUGAGAAACUCGCUCUCCUCGAGAGCACGCUUGACGGUCCGCGACACGUCGAAGGGCCGCCGAGGCUGCCGAUGGGCCGCGCCAGCGUCGGCUGCGCCUCCGUCCUCGCGAGGCGGCCUCGCAACGCCAAUGUCUGCAUUCUCCAUCACGACGUCUUCGCGUUUCUGAGCUACUGCACGAUCAGCCGCAUUCCCAUCCAUCC